CUAUUUAAAUGUAUUAAGUGAAAUUGUUAUCUAAAAAAUGGUUCCAAACGAAAUCAUCAUAAAUAACAUAAAAGAUAACGAAGAACUUACUUAUUCAACGUUUUUACUAAAAGGAACUAUAACCCAUAAUAAUUGUGAUUUAAUUAAUAAUAAAUUUAUGGUAGUCUUAAACAGAAAUAAUAUAAAAAAUGUUAUUAACACCGAUAAACAAUUUAAAGUCCUAUUAGAAUUAAAACAAGGAUUAAAUUUAAUUAUAAUGAAUUUCUGUUGUCUGUUAAAGGAAUUAAAAGUAUUCUUUAACCCAAAAACCUCUCUACAAAAACUAGUUCCAUUAUAUAUAAUAAUUAAAAACUAUAACGGUUUAUUUCAAGCUCCUAAACACGUUAAAAACGAUGCAAAAAGUGCUUGUAAACGGAUAGAAACCGUAACAAAAUUGCUUCAGUGUUUUAUAGCUGAGAAAUUAAAUGAGGUGUUUUUUGAAAGAAAAACAUUUCAAAUAGAACCUUGUAAAACAUUUUAUAGCAAUUUAAAUCUGGAUGAGGCGAUCAAAAUGAGUCAAAAAGAUUUAUGGGAAAAUUUAGGAAGAGAAAUUAUGGUUUCUAAACUUGGUGAUACCAACAAUAAAUAUUUAGGGGUUUUAUCUUGCACUAAAUAUCUCGGAAACAAAGAAUUAAUUAAAUACGAUGAGAUGAUCAACAAAACUGAAGGUUUCGUUGCGAUGGGAGGAGGUGGAUUUGCUUUAUUAGGAUCAGCUUGUCUUUAUACUUGGCCUGAAGAAAUUUCUGAAGUUUUUGAAAAAUUUGCGGAUGAAUCUCUCGUCGAUUGUGAUAACUUUUUAAAUGAUAGUUGUUAUAGAAAUACUUUAGGCGCUUGCUUUUCAACAACUCUCGGAUCUGUUUUACACGAAUUAUGCCAUACCUUUGAUUUGGGACACACGCAAGGUGGCGUUAUGGGCCGUGGAUUUGAUGAUAUUCAUGAAUUCUUUUUGGAUUUAUCCUCAAAAAAUAAUUUAAAUCAUCUCAUUAAUAAAAAUGGAUUUAUUCGUGAAAAAUCAAUUCCUAAGAACUCUGAAAAAGUUUAUAAAUCCAAUAAAAGUUACUUUACUCAGAGUUGUUUAGCAAUAAUAUUUUAUCAUAAGUUCUUUAAUGAUCAUAGUGUUUUGAAUCAAGCAAAACCAAGUUUUAAUAUUGAAAAUAAAGUCGUUCACUCUACAAAUGGAAUUAGGGUUAUUGAAAUAAGAGAGAAAGACAGUGAAUUAGUUUUAAAUAGUUGGGUAUUUUUGGGGAGGGUUCUUAAAUUUUCGUUUCAAAUACAUGAUAAUAUUGGAAAUACAAUUAUAGUUGCGGUAGAUAAUUUAGGAAAUAUUUUAAAACAGUACCACGAAUCUUAAAAAGUUGUUAUAAAAAUAAACUUAAAUAACCA